AUGCAACCGACAGGCAGUGGCGGUGGUGGAGGACUAUCCAGAUUCCGGUCAGCUCCGGCGACAUGGCUGGAAGCACUGCUAGAAUCAGAAGAGGAAGAUGUAAUCAUUGACCCACCAAAACCACCUCCACAUCAGCAACCUUCCAUUGCAGGCACCCCCACCCCCUCCAGACCUACUUACGUUGAUCCCAAUAUCUUCUUACCUAGCCGACAGAACAGCUCUCCCGCCGAAUUCUUUUCUGAGAUCAACAAUCCUGAUGCCUAUCUCUCCAAUUACGACGUCUACCUCUCCUCGUCCUACCACAACGUUAAACCAUCCAGGGAUGUCGAUGUAGACGACCAACAACCCAAGUUCACCACACAGCUCAGCGGAGAUCAGAGCGCGUUGUUGGAUGUUGAGAUGGAUAAACUUCUGGGGGAUUCGGUGCCGUGUCGAGUACGAGCAAAGCGCGGAUGUGCCACUCAUCCUCGGAGUAUCGCCGAGAGGGUUAGAAGGACUCGGAUUAGCGACAGAAUAAGGAAGCUCCAAGAACUGGUUCCGAAUAUGGAUAAGCAAACCAAUACGGCAGACAUGCUAGAAGAGGCGGUUGAAUACGUCAAGUUUCUGCAAAGACAGAUUCAGGAACUAAAGGAGCACCGAGACAAAUGCACAUGUGUGGUUGACGAUUGAUAACAGAAAAGAAGCUAACCUUUUCUCAACGUUGUUCAAGGGAUCAUAAUGGAGGACUGUGGUGCUUAUUCCAAAAUCUCAGAUCAAAUUAUAUUUUUCCUUUCUGAACCAAGGAAAUACCAUGAGAAGUGAGUAAACUAGCCAGGGGGUUAUGUGUUGUUGGCCACUCUCACCUGUGUCAUUAGUACCAUCUGUUCUCCAUUACACCUCUAGGAUUUCCUUGCUAAAUACUAAACUUAUCAAUGGCUAAUACUCUCACGUGUAUACUUGCUCUUGCUACUCUUUGUGUUUUCUUGGGAACUAUGUUAUCUUUUAAAAUGCUAUGCCAAAAUGAACACCAUUGUGUCUUAAAA